AAGUCCUAUCUGGAUUCUAUUUCGCGCGACACAUUGUCAGAGGUUACAUCAAUUCGCUGUCCAAGGAUUCCAGCCGGUACGCCGAAACGCCCGGUUAGAUAAUAAAGGUAUAAAUAAGAUAUAACGUUUUACUCGCCAAGAGAGUUCCCAGAGGGAUGGAAAAGCUAUCAGAGACCAUUAACUUCGCGAAGGAAGAGGAAGCGACAUUGAACUUAUGGAAAGAAUUGGAUGUAUUUCGCAAGAGUCUGCGUUUAUCGAAAGAUCGGCCGAAGUAUUCAUUCUAUGAUGGGCCACCGUUCGCCACCGGGCUGCCGCAUUACGGCCACAUUCUCGCUGGAACGAUAAAGGACAUCGUCACGAGGUAUGCGUAUCAAUGUGGCUACCACGUGGAACGACGGUUCGGCUGGGACUGUCAUGGUCUUCCAGUAGAGAAUGAGAUAGACAAAAGGCUGAAUAUUAAGGGGCCCGACGACGUUGCCAAAAUGGGCAUCGCUACGUAUAAUCAAGAAUGCCGUAACAUUGUUAUGAGGUAUGCCGAGGAAUGGGAGAGAAUCGUCAACCGAAUGGGACGAUGGAUUGACUUCAGGAAUGACUACAAGACCAUGUACGCAUGGUAUAUGGAAUCCAUUUGGUGGAUAUUUAAACAGUUAUAUAUCAAAGGCUUGAUAUAUGAAGGUGUUAAGGUGAUGCCUUAUUCUACCUCCUGUAACACGCCGUUGUCCAACUUUGAAGCGGGUCAGAAUUACAAAGAUGUGGUUGAUCCGUCGGUUAUUGUGACCUUUCCUCUGUUGGAUGAACCAGGAGUAUACAUGUUGGCUUGGACUACUACUCCUUGGACAUUACCCAGUAAUAUGGCAUUGUGUGUGAAUCCUACCUUCGAAUAUGUAGAUGUGAGGGAUGAGAACAGUGGUGACAUUUACAUUAUAUUGGAGACUCAAUUGCAUACCCUUAAAGGUUCUUUUGUUAUAGUAAAUAGGAGAAAAGGUGUAGACUUGAAGGGGAAGGCAUACGAACCACUGUUUCCAUACUUUGCACAUUAUAAAGAGAAGGGUGCAUUCAAAGUAUUGAAUGAUACUUACGUUACAGCUGAAACUGGCACUGGCAUUGUCCAUCAAGCCCCAUAUUUUGGAGAGGACGAUUUUCGAUGCUGCUUGGAAAAUGGCAUCAUAAGUAAAGAUCAGGAAAUGGUAUGCCCUGUGGAUAGUUGUGGCUGCUUCACAGAGCCAGUACACGAUUUUGUUGGCAAGUAUGUCAAGGAUGCAGAUAGGGAGAUAAUCAAAUAUCUUCAAUUUAAAAAGAGGUUGGUCGUCAGUAGCACGGUGAAGCACAGCUAUCCGUUCUGUUGGAGAACCGACACGCCGCUUAUUUACAAAGCUGUGCCUUCUUGGUUUCUAAAAGUGGACGUGAUCAAAGAUAAGCUGCUUACAGCGAACAAUGAAACUUACUGGGUGCCGAAUUACGUGAAAGAGAAACGAUUUGGCAACUGGUUGCGCGACGCGCGCGAUUGGGCCAUUAGUAGAAAUCGCUAUUGGGGCAAUCCCAUACCGCUGUGGAUCUCGGAGGACAGGGAGGAAACUGUAUGUGUGGGUAGUAUCGCAGAAUUGGAGCAAUUGACGGGCGUAAAAGUGACUGAUAUCCAUCGUGAGAGCAUCGAUCACCUGACAAUACCAUCGAAACGGCCGGGACAGCUACCGUUACGUCGUGUACCUGAAGUUUUUGACUGCUGGUUUGAAUCCGGAUCUAUGCCAUAUGCACAGAUGCACUAUCCAUUUGAACACUGGGAAGACUUUAACGAAUAUUUUCCAGCAGACUUUAUUGCCGAGGGAAUUGAUCAGACGCGUGGUUGGUUCUACACGCUCUUGGUGAUAUCCACCGCGUUGUUCGGCAAAGCGCCAUUCAAGAAUCUUGUGGUCAACGGCUUGGUUCUUGCGUCCGAUGGCCAGAAGAUGUCAAAACGUAAAAAAUUAAUACCUGAUCCCAUGAAAGUGGUCGACCAAUACGGAGCGGAUGCUUUGCGCCUCUAUUUAAUCAAUUCGCCAGUUGUGAGAGCCGAAAAUUUGCGAUUUAAGGAGGAGGGUGUAAGAGACAUCAUCAAGGACGUCUUCUUGCCAUGGUACAACGCGUUCCGUUUCCUCAUUCAGAAUAUCGAGCGAUACGAGAAGGAGACAGGGACCACGUUUACCUUUGAUGAAAGCCAGGAUUCCUCUUCCAAUAAUAUAAUGGAUAGAUGGAUCAUAUCCUUCACACAGUCGUUGUUAGCUUUCCUGAAGUCAGAGAUGAAGAACUACAGAUUGUACACUGUAGUUCCCUAUCUAAUAAAAUAUAUAGAUAAUCUUACAAAUUGGUACGUGAGAAUGAAUAGAAAACGCAUCAAGGGUGAGGACAAUCCGGAAGAUUGUAAGAAUGCGUUAACGACUCUAUUCUUGACGAUUUAUACAAUGGUGCAAACUUACGCACCGUUCACGCCAUUCUUAACAGAAUUUAUGUUUCAGCGGCUGUUCAAAUGGGUUUCUUCAUAUGUACCAGAUAAGAACAGUGUACAUUAUCAAUUAAUACCACAGGCACGUAAACACUUAAUCGACAAGAAUACGGAAAAGGCUGUCUCGCACAUGCAGUCCGUCAUUCAGCUCGGCCGCAUCGUGCGAGAUAGAAGAGUCAUACCCACGAAAUAUCCUUUGCCAGAGAUCGUGGUGAUCCAUCAAAAUGCCGAGGUACUGAAGGACAUCGUCUCAUUAGAGUCUUACAUACUUGAGGAGCUCAAUGUCAAGAAAUUAAUUAUUACUACUGACAAAGAGAAAUACGGUGUGACCUUGAGAGCCGAACCAGAUCAUAAGAUACUCGGUGCUCGCUUAAAAAGCGAGUUCAAACAAAUCACUCAAGCCAUCAAAGAGUUAUCCGAUGAGCAGCUGCAAAAGUUCAUCACCAUGAAAGAGAUUGUUGUACAGGGCCACAAGCUUGACGAACAAGAUCUGCGUUUGAUGUUUAGUUUUACUGGCCCGACCGCCGAACAAUUGUCAAAGCAAUACGAAGCCCACAGCGAGGGAAGCGUACUGAUACUCCUGGACGUUACCGCUGACGAGGCUAUGCACAACGAGGGAAUAGCGCGAGAAGUGAUUAAUCGAGUGCAAAAACUACGGAAAAAGGCACGGCUCGUGCCUUCUGACGAAGCUAUCGCGUAUUAUGAGAUCAAGGACGCGAGCAGCAAUUUAGCCAAGGUAAUCGUCAGCCAUAAGGAAUUCAUCGAGAAUGCGACCAAGACUUUGCAGAGGGACGUGACAGAAUUGCCGUCCAAUGCCGCAAUAAUUCUCGAGGAGAUGCAGAAAAUCAAGAAUGUAGACAUGAGGCUCAUGUUGGUCAAAAUACAGGCCGAUUAUACAUCUAAACGAGAUGACAAUGCAUUGUCAGCGGAAUCAGGAUCCUCUUAUAUUAACGUAAUGCUGGAAAAUAUACAACCACGAUAUGGGUCGUCCUCGAAUGGUAGAAUUUUAUUGGACGAUCCGAAACUAGGGCCUAUUACGUAUAAACGUCUGAAACAAGAGAUCGAUUUAAUAUUCGGUAUUUAUGGCUGCUCAUACGAUUUGUAUCUUAAUUCGAAGAAAUUUAUCAAAACAUUGGACGAUACACCGGUGGAGAAAAACACAUUCGACAAACAAACGUUACGAGUAUUGAAAGCGACAUAAUUGCUUUUUAAUAUAUAAAGGUUAUUUGUUAUUUUAUCAAUAGGUUGAAGAAGAGCACUAACUCUUGUCCAAACUUGCAAUCUUAAAUACUUUGUAAUAUUUUUGUCAUUUCUUAAGUUCCUAGAAGGACAACAUUUUGCAUUGUAUUUAUAAGAUCAAGUAAAAAUUAAAUUAUUACAUUAUUUAAUUUUUUUUGUCUCAAUGACAGUAUGAGACACGUUACAAAGCGAUAUUUAUAAUUUUAUGACGCUGUGUACAUUUUACAGCGAAUUUGUAUUUAUUUAACACAUGAGUUAAUAUACUAUGGUAUUACGUGAUCUAAAAUAAUUUUUUUUUAUGAAGGUUUACAUACUGAUUAUUUCAUAGAUUAUAAAAUAAAGAGAAUUAUUUCACAAUUAUACUUUUAACGUUAAUUUCUUAACUAACAUACUCGACUUGUACAUUAUGCAGUGCUAUUGAAUUAUUACAAAGAAUGACUUUUGAAUUAUUGUGUAGAAAAAAUUAAUUGCUAAAUCUUUUUUAACAUAUUAAUAUGAUACAUUUAUAUUUAUAGGAAAUGAGAAGCUAUACUACUAUAUCAUGAAAGUAUCAAAUAAAUAGACAUUUAUUGGAAUUAACU